AUGCUGGACCCCGGGGCACGGCGGCUAUUCCACCUGUACCUGGACAUCACAGUCCCGAAGAUACUCGCUGCCCCGGCUGGCUAUUCCAACCCUUUUGCGUCCGAGGUCGUCAGGUGGGCGUUCGCGGACCCGUUGAUAAUGAACAUUAUCCUGGCCCUAGGGGGAUUCCCACUGGGCGACACGGAUGAUCCAGACCUGCUGGAGCGCUCAAGGCUGCAAUACUACGGAGAGGCCGUCAAGGCACUGCAAGACGCUCUGACCAACGUGAAUGAUGGAAGCACACGCAGCACAACCAGACUGUUGCUGGCCACGAUGCUUCUCUGCACCUUUGAGAGUAUGCGCGGUAACCCCCAAGGGGUGUUCUGCAGUCACCUUAGUGCCAGUCGCGUCUUCGCUCACGCUCUCGACAGCCCCGAACAAGAGCUUAGGGACGACCAACUGACACGAAUUCUCGUCGAGUACUAUGCCUUCUACGAGUUGUGCUCCAAGGUCAGACUGGACGUCGACCAUCAAGAACCAGGCCUAUGUGGCCAGUCCAUGCUGCUGCAGGUUGAGCACCUUCGCUCCUUGAGUGGCUUUGGUGUCUUUUUCGGUUCUUCGUGGUCCCUGUACCGAGUUGUGCCCCGGAUUUGCGAGCUUGCAGCAAAGCGAAGAUGUGAGCUGGCCAAGGACAUUGAUCUAGGAUGCCUCGAAACGUUCCGAGAACUGCAGGACGUCCUUUCGGAAUGGCGUUGCGAGGAAGGCCCACAGCCAGUUGCAUGCGAUCCAGACCAUCAGUUCAGUGACGCGAGAGCAGCAGCCGGAGAACUGGUCCGGAAUUCGCUUCUUCUGUUUUUGUACUCUUCCAUGUUCAGCGAUCGCGAGUUCAUCCUGGGAGUGUCGCAGCCAAUCGUCAACGCGAGCAUCAAACUACUGCCGAUCGUGCACCCUUCCUCAUUCGCUAACACAUCAUUCUGGCCUUUCCUGGUCAUUGCAACGUACGCAACCACCCCAGAGCAGCAGACACGCAUUCUCGGAUUUCUGCCUCCUAUCAUGCCUCUUGUGGUUCGGGCCACUCAAAUUCUGAGGUGGGUAUGGAACAGUUCACAGAAUUCCAUUGGAUUACAGGCGUUGGCGGAUAUCAUCCACAUACGCAACAUCAGUUACUGCUUCGGAUGA